AUGCGGCUGUUAGAUCGACCGCUUCUGAUUUUAAUAUUUUCACACCUAACCUGGUCCUAUUCCUACCUCGAUAAUCAGAUACUUGGCACCCCAAAGAUCAACUGUAAUGCAGAGGAUAUCGAAUUGGAAUUUGAGUCUUUAAGACAAUUCACAGGAAAAGUUUACGUAAAAGGCAACUACAACAAGCCGGAAUGUCGGGUGGAUUACAGUAAACGGACAAAAGAUGGGCGACCCACUGGUGGAAUACGGUUAAACCAUGGAGCUUGUAACAUGGAUCGGCAAAGACUGAUUACCCCGGAUGGGAUGAUGUUCUCCACAGUUCUCGUUAUUAGUUUUCACCCGGUACAACCUAUUAUGGAGAUGACGCAUACUGUAACGGCUUCAUUGGAUGUUAGUUCUCUACCAACGGAACCGCUACAUAUGGAUAUGCCGAUGCCAACAUGCACGUAUACGAUUCGGAAAGAUACCCUCGACGGCCCUGUAUUAAAAUAUGCGCGAGUUGGUGAUCAGGUGGUACAUCGUUGGGAAUGUGAUUCGGAAAGCUACGGUGUACUCGUCCAUAGUUGCUACGUGGAAGAUGGACAAGGCGAAAAACAACAAAUUAUUGAUGAGAAUGGUUGUCAUACUGAUCGAAUUCUACUCGGGGAUCCGACAUAUGUCGAAGCUUUGAAUAUGGCCUACCGUGAAUCAUUUGUUUUCAAAUUCGCGGACCGAGUGGCCAUCACGAGGAAACGAAGAAAAGCCGGAGCCGUUGUAAAAGAUGCUGACCUAAUUUCACAGACUGUUUACGUUUUUGAGGCAGAUGAUAAUAACAACGUAGACGAAAACGGAGACCUGAUCUCGGCUUCACCUUUGUCUGGUGAUAGGGACGGCGUAUGCAUUGGUAUCGGCCUAUUCACUGUAUUGGCUACAAGCCUAACUAUAAUGCUACUUCUUCUAACCUCAAUGGUUGUUUAUAUGUUCGUAAUGAAAAUGUGGCGAACUCAGGAAAAGCAGCUCUUUGCUUCA